AUGGAUGGAAGGCAAUCACGCAAUGCGGGCAGAACUAAUCGCCCAGCAUCUGAUAUAUUUAAGGAAGAAGACAACAUAAUAGCGGAACUCGUUACACCAGAAAAGCUAGAUGAAGAUGAUAAUAGCAUGAAAUACCUCUGUAUCGUAUUGGAUACUGAAUAUGAUACUUCCAAGAUUCCUUUUCAAUAUCAACUGAGUCUGAGACAUUUGUAUGCAAUUAAUAAUCGAUAUGACUAUGUUAUUUCAAGUCUUCCUGAUAGUGAAUAUAUCCAAAAAUUGAACCUUACUGCUCGUGAUGGUGACCAAAAUUCAAACAAUAUUUCCUCGACAAAAUCAAAUAAAACUAAGCAAAUUGAACUUGGACUCCUAAUUUCACGAUCAAUGAGAAUCUUAACACCUGGUUAUUAUGAAGCUCAGGAAGAUAGGUACUCACAGAAUGGCACAAUAUACCGAGUAAUAACUGCCACAGCAAGUUACACAAAUUUGUUUUACACUGCCUGGUACCCACCAAUCACUAUUGAAUUUUUUACUAAUCCAAAUGAAUCCGCAUAUAAAGUGACAAAUUAUCAAGAUUUGAUUCUUUGCAAAUAUCAAUUUACAUGGACAUCUAUCCCAAACGGUUAUGUCAAUCGGAAAUGUAAGGACGAUUCAAAGUUUCUAGCGAUAUCUUAUGUUAAUGGAUCAAGUUUGUUUGGAUUCACAUUUUAUAGCUUAGAUGAAAUGAAUAUUUAUGCACAUGCAACAGCACCAGAUUUAGCCGAUCAAGAUUUCUUUUUUAGAAGGUAUUGGUGGAAAUCAAGAGGAAUUUUGGAAAUUUCUAGUUGUGAGCAAAAUAAAUUUAUUCGCAAAAAAGUGCUAAAAUUAGGAAAUAUUGCUAACUUCUGA